GCAGGACGUGGGGCUUUUACAGCCCAGCUGGUUCCGGCUGGGGAAGAUGGCGGUGGCUGGGGCGGCGUCCGGGAAGCCGCUGGUGCUCUGGUGCACCGAGCAGUUGCAAAAAACUUUCGGCCUGGAUGUCAGCGAGGAGAUCCUGCAGUGAGUCUGGUUCGGUCCGAUGGGGGGACGAAGCUCUUGGAUGUGCACUGGCUGAGCGAAUGGGGAGACGGGGAGAAUGAAAAGUAUGUUUUGUCAAUUGAGAGUGCUGAAGAGAUACAAGAAUAUGUUACUGAUCUCCUCCAGGGAAAUGAAGGCAAAAAAGGUCAAUUCAUAGAAGAACUUAUAACCAAAUGGCAAAAGAAUGAUCAGGAGUUGAUGUCUGAUCCUUUGCAGCAGUGCUCAAAAAAAGAUGAAAUUUUAGAUGGGCAGAGAUCAGGAGACCAGUUAAAGCGCGGUAGGAAGAAAGGGAGAAACAGACAGGAAGUUCCUGCUUUUGCUGAACCUGACACAGCUGCAGAGGUCAAAACACCUUUUGACUUGGCAAAGGCACAAGAGAACAGCAGCUCCGUAAAGAAGAAGACAAAGUUUGUCAAUUUAUACACAAGAGAGGGGCAGGAUAGGCUUGCAGUCCUGCUCCCUGGCCGCCACCCUUGCGACUGCCUGGGCCAGAAGCACAAGCUCAUCAAUAACUGUCUCAACUGUGGGCGGAUUGUCUGUGAACAAGAAGGCUCUGGCCCGUGCUUAUUUUGUGGCACUCUGGUAUGCACUCAUGAAGAACAGGAUAUUUUACAGCGUGACUCAAACAAGAGCCAGAAACUGCUAAAGAAGCUCAUGUCAGGGAUGGAGAAUUCUGGAAAGAUGGAAAUCUCUACCAAGGACCUUCUUCCUCAUCAAGAAUUGCGAAUCAAGUCUGGUCUGGAGAAGGCUAUCAAGCAUAAAGACAAGCUAUUAGAGUUCGACAGAACUAGCAUUCGAAGGACCCAAGUCAUUGAUGAUGAGUCAGAUUAUUUUGCCAGUGAUUCUAACCAGUGGUUGUCCAAACUUGAGCGAGAAACUCUGCAGAAACGAGAGGAGGAGCUGAGAGAACUUCGACAUGCCUCUCGACUCUCUAAAAAGGUCACCAUUGACUUUGCAGGCAGGACAAUCCUGGAAGAAGAAAAUCCACUAGCAGAGUAUCACAGCAGACUAGAUGAGACAAUACAGGCCAUUGCCAAUGGAACUUUGAACCAGCCACUGACCAAAUUGGAUAGAUCUUCUGAAGAGCCUUUGGGAGUUCUGAUAAAUCCCAGUAUGUACCAGUGCCCUCCCCAGUGGGUUGACCAUACGGGUGCAGCCUCACAGAAGAAGGCUUUUCAUGCAGCAGGCUUUGGAGUAGAGUACAACUCAUUUCAGCAUCAGUUGCGAAUCCAGGAUCAAGAAUUUCAGGAAGGCUUUGAUGGUGGUUGGUGUCUCUCUAUGCAUCAGCCCUGGGCUUCUCUGCUUGUCAGAGGUAUUAAAAGGGUGGAGGGGAGAUCCUGGUACACCCCCCACAGAGGACGACUUUGGAUAGCAGCCACAGCCAAAAAACCUUCCCCUCAAGAAGUCUCAGAACUCCAGGCUACAUACCGCCUUCUUCGUGGGAAAGAUGUGGAAUUUCCCAAUGACUAUCCAUCAGGUUGUCUUCUGGGCUGUGUGGACCUAAUUGACUGCUUGUCCCAGAAGCAAUUUAAGGAGCAGUUUCCAGACAUCAGUCAAGAAUCUGAUUCUCCAUUUGUUUUCAUCUGCAAAGAUCCUCAGGAAAUGGUUGUGAAGUUUCCUAUUAAAGGAAAUCCAAAAAUCUGGAAACUGGAUUCCAAGAUCCAUCAAGGAGCAAAGAAGGGGUUAAUGAAGCAGAAUAAAGCUGUCUGACCCAGGAGAAAAGGAACUAUACAGCAUAGUGGAACUUUGUGUACUAAAAUUGCUAUCUACUUGUCCUUUGGAAUUGAAGCAGCAGAAAUUUGAAGGCUAGGCUUCAGGGUUGAAUCUCUCAGACUUCAAACUCUUACCAAAAUCUGUAUAUUUUUCUUAAAGAGUGGGAUUCUUACUUUAUGUGGUGGGUCAAAAUCUUUAAAUACAUUAUUUAUAAAAACCCAUUUUAAAAAAAUUCUA